CACUGUUUUGGACAGUUUACCAGUUUACCAAGUUUUGUCUACUGGAGAUAACGGUCAAUUUACAACUGUUUAGAUAAAAAAAAAUUGUAUUUUUCAUUAAAUUAACAAUGUCAAGGAUAGAAGUUAUAAAAGAAUCUAUAGAAAAAACGUUGAAGGAUGAAAACAAACCAUGGGCGAAGCUGUUUGCAUUUGCUGAAGAAAAAACUGGAGUCAAUCGACUAUACAUAUUUGUUGGAUUUAUAGUUAUAUUCUCAUUAUAUUUGCUAAUUGGAGUUGGACAACAGCUAAUAUGUAAUAUUAUUGGUUUUAUUUAUCCUGCAUAUUGUUCAAUGAAAGCUUUAGAAAGUCCUAUGAAGGAAGAUGAUUCAAAAUGGCUAACUUAUUGGAUUGUAUUUGCUGUCUUUACUAUCAUUGAAUUCUUUUCAGAAUUUAUUGUACGUUGGCUUCCUUUUUAUUGGUUAUUAAAGUGUAUCUUCUAUAUAUGGUUGAUGGCACCAAUGGAAUAUAAUGGUUCUUUGAUUAUUUAUGAACGUAUUAUACGCCCCAAAUUUUUGCGAUAUCAUUCUCGUGUGGACAAAUUUCUAUCUACUAAUCAUGAACGUGCAUUAAAAAUUGCAGUAGAUGCAAUUCUAGCAGAGAAACGAGAAUAACAGUAGCAUUUGUAUCAUAAUGUUUUUGUUUUUAUCUUGAAAUUACCAAACUUGAUAUAAAGCAAAAAUUACAUUGAG